UUUCUUACACAAUACAUAGAGUUGAAUCAGCAAUCUUUCAUCACUUAAAUAUCAAUGUUUCAAUCGUGUCUAUAAAUAACAGCCAAAGCUUUGCCUUUGAGAAAACACAACCUGUCCAGCCUAGUCAAAAACUUGAAGAAAAAGAAUUUUCCUUCAGGAGCAAUCAAAAUGAAAGGAGAAGGAAAGCGAAGUAAAGCAAGAUGCUUGGCAUAUGUUGCUGCAUUUGUUGUGUUUCAGACAGCAAUCAUCUUGAUAUUUGCACUUACCGUGAUGCGUUUCAGGAGUCCUAAAUUCAGGUUUGGCGCUGUAACGGUGGAGAAUUUCAGCACUGGCAACGGCACUUCACCUUUCUUUGACAUGAAAUUGAUGGCUCAAGUGACUGUAAAGAACACAAAUUUUGGUCACUUCAAGUACGAAAACAGCACCAUCAUAAUCUCAUAUGCAGGCAUGCCGGUUGGGGAAGCUGCUGUUGUUAAGGGUCGAGUAAGGGCUAGGCAGACCAAAAAAUUCAACGUUACAGUUGAUAUUAGUUCCAGGAAGUUGUCGAGCAAUUCAAACCUUGGAAAUGAUAUCGCUUCUGGUGUUUUGUCACUGAGUAGCCAGGCCAAGUUGAGCGGCAAGGUGCAUUUGAUGAAGGUGCUCAAGAAGAAGAAGUCUAGUGAAAUGAGUUGCACCAUGGGAAUCAAUUUAGGAACUCGUGCUGUACAGGAUUUAGAGUGCAAAUGACAUGUCUGAAACAGUUUAUUUAGAUAUAAAUUAAAUGCUUGUCUUUCAGUGUUCUCUUUCUAUUUUUGUUUUUGGUCUACCCUAUUAUGAUUUUGUACUCUGCCUCAGUUUUUCGCUAGAAAUGGAAAUUGAUUCAUAUGCGUAUGAAAA